GCGAGUGAGGCGAGGCGAGGCGGCGCGGCGGACCCUUUAAGUUCCAGGCAGGGCUCGCUUGCUGGGUGGGAGCAGUCAGGAAAGCAACACCCACCGACCCACCCACACCCCCAAACGCCGACCUUUGGAGCGAUGCUGCAGGGCUGAGCCGCCGGGCGGGAGGAGAGGCGGGAGGAACGAGAGAGCGAGAGCCGGGGAGGCGAGCGCGCGAGAAGGGGCGGGAGUUGAAGUUGCCGUACUGAAGUGGCGGCGGAGAGGCCCGGAAGAGAGAGGAAAAGCGGGGUGGGAAGAAGAAAGAGUCGCCAGGCCGGGCAUGGGGCGCGGCGGGGGCUGCGGUUUGCUGUAGCCCUAGGCUCGGCCUGCGAGAGCUUCCUUCUUCCUCCCGCCCCCGAGGAGAGCAGUCUGAGGAGGAGGGCGGGGGUCUGUCCAGCGACCUUCUUUUCUAUGUCUCCUUGCCGGGGUCGCCUGGGGCUAUCGCUUCCCAAGCUCUCGCAUCUCUGGGUUCCUGUUUAAGGGGGGGGGGGUUUGCGCGUCCAAAAGCGGGAAUCCGAGUGGUUGCUCAAUCCCUCCCAGUUACAGAGUUGGCUUCGGGAGGCACUUUCUGCAGAUUAAACCCAACCAUCCUCUCUCUCUGCCUUGAGAAACUUGUGUUAGUGUGUGACCUUUGUUGCCGUUUUGCCUUCCCUCCAAGACGAGGGCUGAGUGGUUUCAAGCUUAUCUUUGCCUGCCAGGCCUCGGUCCUGCCCUUUCUGAGGAAUUCUGGCUCCCUGUCCCCCUUUCUCUUUUUUCCUUGUUUCCUCCCCUCUUCCCGCAGUGUCAAAACAUAAACACCUGCUGUCGCCGAGACUAGUUUACCUUUCUCUUCGGGAGUUUAGAGUUUGUUGAGUUUUGCAUUUCAAAACAAGGUCCCGAUUACUGCGAGACUAACUGGAACUUCAUUCCCCCUCCCCUUCCUGAAUGUGCCAUUUUUUAAAAAAAGAAUCCUCAUCUACCUUUGUUUUUAUUUGGAUGAGAUGAAAGUGACAGUUUGUUUUGGCAAGACGGGGAUUGUAGUUCCCUGUAAAGAUGGACAAAUCCGGGUUAGAGAUUUAACCCACCAGGCUCUACAGAGGUACCUAAGAACCAAAGAAAAGAAUCCUUCACAUUGGGUGAAUGUUCACCAUCUGGAAUACACAGAUGGUGGAAUCCUGGAUCCAGAUGACAUCUUGGCAGAUGUUGUGGAAGACAAAGAUAAGUUGAUUGCCGUGUAUGAUGAACAAGAUGCAUUCCCCAAAUCUGAUGACACCAAUGGUAGUUUAACAGAAGGCAACAGCCCAGAUGCUUUUGAGACUGAUGUAGCUGCCCAGCUAGCGGCAUUUCAACCUAUUGGUGGAGAGAUAGAAGUGACAUCCUCUGCUCUGAAAUUAGGUACUCCACUUUUGGUUAGAAGGAGUAGUGAUCCAACUGUGGGACAGCCAGCUGAUUUUGUGCCAGGAGCUUCACAUGCUAAUCACCAUAUUUUGAAGUCUUCUGUGUCAUGUUCAGCACAAUCAUCUUCAGAAGCCUGGGAUUUCACUACACAUAAUGAUACACUGACAUCUCAGAAAACAAAAUUUAAUUUCAGUGGUGUGACAAGAAUCGUAGAGAUACCUGGGGAAGGAGGCCCACUGGGGAUACAUGUGGUACCAUACUUUUCAUCAUUAAGUGGAAGGAUUUUAGGACUCUUCAUCCGUGGUAUUGAGGAAAAUAGCCGGUCUAAGCGGGAUGGACUUUUCUAUGAAAAUGAAUGCAUUGUGAAAAUUAACAAUAUUGAACUUGCAGAUAAAACCUUUGCACAAGCACAAGAUCUUUUCCGCCAAGCGAUGAAAUCUCAAAACAUCAUCCUGGAAGUUGUUGCUUCAUAUGGCCGUGAACAAUAUGAAAAGUCAGUCAUCGCACCAUUGUACUCCCCAAAUAAAGCUGAUCAUAUUUCCAAAGGAAAGUUUCCACCUGCAGCCCAUCCAAAGCCGAUGAUGAAAGACCCAGAUUUCUCUGAAGCAAACAAUCUAGAGACUGGUACACAUGCAUCUUCCAAGAGUCCUAACUUCUCAAGAAUUAAUAGGAAACCUCCAUCACCAUCUUUAUCCCCAUUGAUGGGGUUUGGCAGCAAGAAAAAUGCAAAGAAAAUAAGGAUUGAUCUCAAAAAAGGAUCUGAAGGACUAGGUUUUACAGUGGUCACCAGGGACUCCUCCAUACACGGUCCUGGCCCUAUAUUUGUAAAGAAUAUUUUGCCUCGAGGUGCAGCAGUUAAAGAUGGCCGUUUGCAUUCAGGAGACAGAAUACUGGAGGUGAAUGGUAGAGAUAUCACUGGCAGAACUCAAGAAGAACUUGUAGCUACUUUGAGAAGCACAAAACAAGGAGAAAUAGUUUCCCUGGUCAUUGCUCGCCAGGAAGAAACCUUUCUGCCCCGAGAACUGAAAGGAGAACCAUGUUGCAACAUUUUUUCAUUCGAGGCAACAGAGCAAUUGACUUUUGAAAUUCCUUUGAACGAUUCGGGUUCAGCUGGACUUGGUGUGAGCUUAAAAGGCAACAAAUCUCGAGAGACAGGAGCAGAUCUUGGAAUUUUCAUCAAAUCUAUCAUCCAUGGUGGUGCUGCAUAUAAGGAUGGGCGGUUACGAAUAAAUGACCAGCUUAUUGCAGUAAAUAGUGACUCUUUGCUUGGAAAAUCAAACCAUGAAGCCAUGGAGACUUUGAGGCGUUCAAUGUCUAUGGAAGGAAAUAUUCGUGGCAUGAUACAACUGGUAGUUCUCAGGAGGCCAGAAAGGCAAAUUGAAAUGGAAUGCAAAGAACCUGACAUAUUAUUUCCAAAAGCAGACGUUGAAGGGAAUAUUAAUUUCACAAGCACUCCUAAGCAAAUUGAUGCUGCUGUACAAUGUUUUGUCACAUAUUCCCCACAGGAAAAGUUAAAAGAGUUUGAAAGCGGCACAGCUGAAAAUGAAGUCCCACCCCCUUUGCCUCCACAUCCUAGUGAGAAGCUAUUUACAGAUUAUAAUCAUAGCAUAGCAGCAGAUUCAGAGACUUUUUUGCCAGAUCAGCCCAUCAACUUCAGAUCUUUGACCCUGUCCAAACAGACGGAAUCAAUUAACCUGAAAGCCUCCAAGAGUAUGGACCUUGUGGCAGAUGAAAGUAAAGUUGCCUUAUUGACUGUUCAGAAACUAGAAUCUCCUAGUAAGGAUAUUGGUCCCACCCUGGGAUUAAAAAAGUCAAGUUCCCUAGAAAGUCUCCAGACAGCUGUUGCUGAAGUAAAAAAGAAUGAGCUCCCAUUCUACAGACCUAGACCUCACAUGGUCCGUGGUAGGGGAUGUAACGAGAGUUUCAGAGCUGCCAUUGAUAAAUCCUAUGAUGGACCUGAAGACAUGGCAGGAGACGGUCUGUCAGAUAAGAGUUCCCUUUCUGGUCCAGAAUAUCAGAACUUUGCAAAAGCCUUUCACAUGAAUUCUGAAUUAGAAGAUAUGGAAGGGAAGACAAAAAAACAUAAGAAGACCAAAGAAAAAUUGAAAACGAAAGAAAAAAAUAAAAAGCCUAAUCUCAAAAACAAAUCAAAAAUCAAUGAAAAGGACAAAAAAGAGGAGAAUGACAAUCCUGAAAGAAAAACAAAAAAGAAAAGUUUGGGUGCUAUGUUAAGAUUUGGCAAGAAAAAAGAGGAUAAAGGUGUAAAAAGUGAUCAGAAGGGAAACUCCAAGCAAAGUACACUGAAAGAAGAUGACCUAGAAAAGAUGAAGGAGGAACGGGAAAGGAUUGGUGCAAAGCAUCAGGAACUCCGUCAGAAGCAGAUCAGGGGACUUGCUGAGUAUUCCACAGUUCCUGUGGGAGCCCCGCCUGAUCUUGAUGAUGAUGAGACAGACCCAAAUUAUGCACGAGUGAAUCACUUCCGAGAAGUAUAUCCAGUUAUCAACUCCUACCAGCUUUCUUCUCCACCUGUUUCUGAAGCUUAUGGUGGGUGCAAUAACCCCACAGCACCUCUGGACAGGGACCACUUAGAAGGAUUAUAUGCAAGGAUAAACAAGCCAUCCCACCAGCAUGCUCCUGUUGAGAGUGAUCGUCCAUCUAUUGGAACUGCUGAUCGCAUCCAGAAGUUACGGAAAGAGUAUCAUCAGGCAAGGAGAGAAGGUGUACCUUUAUAUGAUGAAGAAGAAGGUAGAGGAAGAUCAUCUGAUUAUGAUCAGCAUUGGGUGUCUGGAAAAGGUCCAGAUGAGACUCCACACCACCUCCAGUUUGAAGGCAUGGAAAGGCAGUAUGCCUCCUUACCCAGGCAUGGAUCUGUAGAACCAAUGGAAUAUUUAACAGGGCUACGGAUAGCACACAAAGAAAGAGAUCUUCCCUACUCUCCUGCAAGCCAACCUGCAGGUCAUCCCUCCAAAGGGAGCUACCUUCAUCCACCAGAUGGCCCAAGAGCAACAGAGUUAUGGUAUUCACAGUAUUUCCCACCUCAGCCAGUAAUUCAGCACAAAGGACCUCUCCGCCAAGAUGUACCACCGUCCCCACCACAAGGCCACAGAGCUCCACCUUAUAAUGAAGUGGGCAGAAUAGGACACCGACAAAGCACUCCUGAUCACUACCAAUGCAGGUAUCAAGAUCCAAGGCAGAAGGACUCUGUGACUGCAGCUGUAUAAUUGAAAGCUGGACUGUUGUUGAUAUUUUAUGGCUGACUUCAUCUUACAGUUAGUCCCUCUGAAGUCAUUUCUGCACUCUCAACCUAUAGCAUAUUCUAGAGUCAUCCACCCAUUAUUUUGCCAACAUACCGGUAAUAAAAACAAGCUUUAUAUUUCUUCAGCACUGGCUGGGUGAUGCUAUGAAGAUGCUAUAAGUCAUUCCACAAAAAGUGCUCAUUAACGCUGGCCAAUCUAUGACCAGAACAUGUACCCAGCUGUACUGCAAACUCAUACAAAUGGUACAUGACCUUUAAGUAUUGAAGAAUAAGAGUGUUUUUUUUUUUAAAGUGCUUAAACAGGAUGGUAGAUAAAGACUCAGCAGUAUUUCUACGCACAUCACAAAGUGCCACUCAGGGCUAUUUGCAAUUACACAGGCACAAAAAAGACAGCCAAAUGGUCUUGGGGGGAAGGGGGGGAGAAAAUGAUUUUAGAAAAGGCACAAAAUUCAUGCUAUUGAGGGUACAGUCAAUAUACAGGUCCUUUACUAAGAUUUCCUCUGAACUGAAGAAUUGGAAAUAUUCUGCAGUAUCAUUGAGAUGUGUUCCUUUCAAAGUAUGACCUGGAACUUGUUAUUGUCCUCAUCUCUGAAUCCUUUAUGAAUAUUCUUUUCAGCUGCUUAUAAGGAUGCUUCAGUUCUGAAGCUGUUUUUCUCCUCUUCUCUCUGUUUUCUAAUAACAAGAGCAGAUGGACAAAUUUAAAAGAUGCCGAAGGUUCAUAGAGCACCAUACAGUGUUGCAUUGUAAAGAUUUCUGGAAGGAAAUACAAAAGGGCUCAGUAUGUAGUUUCCUACCUCUGAUUUCACAACUAUUAGACGAUUUAGUUCAUUUGUAUGCCAGUAUAUUGAUGUGUGUGGAUGGACUAGGUGUCUUUGUGUCUUGAGAGAGCUGAUUCUCCAUUGAUACACCAAUGGAGCAUAUACUUAAUCAUUGUAUACUAGGGUGGAGUUUGUGCUCUGGUGAUAUUUUAUUACUAUUUGUUUCCCCAGCCACAACUCCAAAUCAAAAAGGUUGCAAGAUGGCUGUGGAAUAUCGUGUUUUUAGGAACUCAUUUUUGCUACACGACCAUCCUUCUCAUAGCCUUAUCAGAAAACAAAUUGUUUGAGUGUUUUCAACCAUUUGGGUAACUAUUAGACUGCUAUUUGUUAGUUUAUUUGUUUAAAUCACCUGUGCAAAGCAGCCCACAGCUAAUCCUAGAGGGUUUAGCAGAGGAAAGGUUUGUUAAAUGCCAAGCAUUAACAGUGCUUAGAUCUUUGGGAGCAUUGGAGGAUUCUAGGUUUAAAAAGGAAGAAAAAGAAAUAAUAAUAGUAUGUAUAAUAGUUAUCAAGUGAGAAAUUUAAGCAUAACAUGGGUUCCACUGAGGUAGAAUCAUGGUAGGAAUAUCCAGGAUGGAAGAAAAGGGCCAGGUGUCAAAAAAUCAAAAUGGCAGCUGCAACCAAACAAUCAAAGCUGCCAUUUUGAUGGUUUUGACACCCUGUCCCCAUGGAUGCUCUGAAUCAUAGUGUACUGUAGUUGUGAUGAAUGUGGCUAGAAGAAAAGAAGAAAUGAAAUGACAAACUUUGCACAUUUCUGUAAAAUGCAAAGGUAGUUUAAGUUCUCACGAUUUUUGUGGUUUGCCACUUAAGACUAAUGAAACUUCUGAGACUUUCUUCAGUCUCUAAAAGCUUCUCUAAAAAGUCUCUAAUAGCUUCAGCAUGUUUUUUUUUAAUUCCAAACUCUGACUGGGGUCUCAUUUUAAGUCUAAUGUUAUGGCCCUUUUCCUUCCAAAUGAAAGAUCUUGGGCUUGGCCACAGAAAAUCCUUGGGUUUUAUUUUGGUAUGCAGCAAAUUAACAAGAUUCAUUAUCGAGGUCAUCUAAUAAUUAUUAUAUAUUGCUCAGAGGGGUCAUCAAGUAGGCAGAGCCAUUUAUCAUUUAGCCUUUCUGAAAUGGCUUCAUUCCACCAGGUACCCUCAAGAGAUUUGGCUUAUAGAGAAUUCAUUAUGUACACAAAUUUGUAUUACUAUAUUUUAGAGGGUCAGUUUCUCUAGUGUCCCUGAAAGAGUCAGCAGCUUGGUGUGAAUGUAGCCCUGAUUUCAUAUGCAUUCAUAUUCAGAAACUAUGAGGUACUAUAGAGAUUUUGAAUCAAGGUUAAAGGUCAUAGCCUUUUUCCAAAACUAUCUGUUAAAUAUAUGAGAACAUGGGGCUAAAUGGAAAGCCUCCAGUGAUGAGAAAUAGCAAGUAUGUUCAUUUUAAUAGGGGAAUGUCACCAAUAAGUUAUUUUUAAUGCACAUAGCACACUUACAUAUGCACCCACACCUAUGUGUUAAUUUUCCCCCUAAAAUGCAGAGCUUUAUGGCCAUUCAAAGGCCAAUUAUCUAUUUCCAGUGGAUGAAUUUAAUUUCAACUGGCCCUGAAUGAUUAAUCAAGAAUUAAUUGCAAGGAAUUGCAAGACUACAUUGAUCCUUCCGUUGAAAAAUCUAUUUAUAUAAAUGAACAAAUCUUGUUCAUGCCAUUUUAAGCAAACAGUUAAUUUUCCUACCCACCUCUAUGUAAUCACGUCUGAAAUUGAUGACUUACUUACUUUUGUUAAGGCGACAUUUUAAGAAAUCCAUAUUGAGUUGAACUAUUACAGGGAGGAUGGAAAAUUGCAUAUUGUGAACACCAGUAUAUAGUGACUUUGCACAUACAUAUGAUUCAGGCAGACAAUUUCUUUUUAUAUCAGAUUUUAUUUUUCUGGCUAAUUUGUCACCCCACAAUAGAUGGAUUUCCUUGAUGUGUGUAGCAUACAUGUAUGUAUGUAUAUAUGUACCGGUAUGCAUGUAUAUGUACAUACAUAUACAUGCAUACAUACAAAAGUUUUCACCUUUGUGAAUCAUGUCAAGUAUUUAGCAUAUUUAUAGCUUAUGUGCAACAAGAAACACAUCCAAACUCAACUCUUCUCUGUUUGGAAUUGCCAAUGCUUCCUUUUUAUAAUCUCCUUGGUUUUAAAGAAGCCUCAACAUAAUCCAGAAGUGAUGUUGGUUAUCUGAUUUAAUCUGUGAGUAAAGUUCUGUGAACUAAAUUCAGUUUAUGUUUUCCUUAAUUGCUGUGCACAGAACAGAUGUGGACAUCUAUUUGAGUAGGAAUAUUCAAGAACUUUAGAUUUUGGAGUAGCCAUUCCAAAGUUGAAACAGAUUUUCUUUCUUCUUCAAGGAUUGGGCCUGUGCUUCUGAUUCAGGUAUAAAGCCUUCAAUUUAUGUUUAAAAAAUCCAUAUUCUUAAAUGAAUAAAAAUCUGGCAGGAAUGCAGUAGAUGCAGACAAACAGUCAGAAGUGAAGUGAAACUAUUUUAAUAUGCUUUUCUUUUUUUAAUGAUCAUGACUUAUAAUGUAAAGGGCUCCUUGGGUAGCAACAACAAAUGUUGGUGAUAGUGGCUUUCUCAAGCCUGACUAUAAUUAAGAGUAGCCUUGAAAGACAAACUCCCACCUUAUAAAUCAAUGCCACUAAACCUUACCCUACCCUUUACAAAGAUAACUGACAGCAUUUCAGGAACAAAGCGAGGGUAAAUCCAAACUGGAUGAAAAGAGUCUGCCUAGGUUAUUUAUGUUUUGAGGAUGGUGCUCAAUUGUUGCUGCGCAGCUGCAAUUCCCAUCUGAAAACUCCCAUUGACUGCAAUGGCCCAGUUGGAUAGAGCAAGUCAGGCAGGUCAAAAGUAGAUUUUCCGGGCUGUUAAUCUUAACCAGUAGCUUAUUAAACAGUGUCUCUUUUUUAGAUCAGUAAGGGAAUUUAUUCCCUGUUACAAAAUAAUAGAUGCAGCACAACACUAUAGAGGUGUUUUGUGCAGGUGCAAGAAAAAUAAAAAUUCUUGGGUUGAGUGUGAGAAAAAGUGCAAAAGAAUUACAUGCCAUCCUCCUGAGUCCAGAAAGCCAGGAUUCUGACUUGGGAAAAACAGGUGGAUGUGUUAAUUGAUUUCAAGAGGUACAUCUUCAUCAGAGAACGGUUGCUUCUCUGAAAGAACAUGAUGGAAACUUUCUCAACACCAUAUUGCAGAAAAAUGUGUAGCACACACUUACAUCACAAGGUGCUACAGCUGAUGGAUGACAAUAUAAUCCUUGCAAAAACCAGCAUCAGCCAUUAAGAAAAUAGCUGCUCUCUUUCCCUUUGCAGGCAUAUGUUUGGGCAGCCAUAUCAAUUAUCUAAAUAAAUAAAUAAAAAUAUUAUUGACCAGCAAAAAUCCAUUUAUAUUCUGAUAUACUUUGCAUUAAUUUGCUUUAAAAACAUACCAGUCCAGCAGGAACCACUUGUAAAAUGGCUUUGGGAGUGUGGAUCCCUUUCUAGGCAAAAAAUCAAAUGAAACCUUCUAUGCCCUUGUUUCAAUUUCGUUUUCCUGGAAAAGGAGGAAGAGGAUGGAGGAGAAAUUGUCUUAAUAAAGCAGGAAAGCAAUCCCAGAUUUUAUACAAGUGCCUUGGCUCAUUUUCUGUUUUCUGAUAAGAAGAAUUAGUAAUCCAGAGGUGUGCAUUGCAAUAGUUUUAAUCUGCAUCUACUCAACACUAUUUAUUUUCAGCCAUUUCCAGCUUAACCCAAAAAAAAAAGGCUAAGGAAUGUGCUCCUUAUUGGUGCUUUCUUUAAAAACUGGCUAAAGAAUGAUUCUACAAACAAACUUUGUUCUGAACAGUUGAUACACCCAAGAGGGAAACAUUCAAUUGAUAAUCAUAUACUGUAGUAGGGAUGAAAAACUGCUAACAGUGGUCAACCAAACCUGAAUAUUGGGCAAGCAAGGCACAGAAGAUUGAUCAGAAUCUUCUAAAGUAACUAGAAAAACCACUGUACUGUCUAUCAAAUUAUUGGUGACAUUUUUAAAAAGCCUGAAUUGGAUGUGACCACCUGUAGAAUCCCAAAAGAAUGAACAAGCUCUGAUUACCUGAAUGAAAAUGGUGGCUGAGCAAUAUUAGUUUUAGGAAAGCACCCUUCUCCAAAUGUAUCCCCAAACUCCUUAUCCCAGCUAAAGUCCAGAGCCAGAAACAGUUUCACAUCCUGCCUAGUUAUGCCUAGAGCGAAAACCAUUCUUUUGUGUAUUUUGUGUUCUGUAAAUUCACUUAUCUCUUAUGGGAGCAGCUCAUGCCUUCCCAGAUCAGGCCCUUGUUCAGAAAACCUGGGAAGAUGAUUUGUGCACUUGAAUGCUGCUUGUUUUGACCCUCAGUAUACAAGCCAUCCAUUUCAAGUUUAUUUUGGGUGCAAUUCUACAGGCAUCAGUGGGGGAGCUAUCAUGGGAAUUGCUCUGGUUUGCACACUGGGUGACCUUUUUUUAAUAUUUAGAUUUUUUUAAAGAACAAAUCUAUAUUUGUGUGAGCUGAAACGUUAAAAGUUUGGGGAAAUUAUUGGGGGGGAGGAAGAAAUUUGAGACAUCAUUAAUUUGAAUGUAACAAAAUUAAGUUUGAGCUGUUUUGCUUUGUUAUAUAUAGAGAUACUGGAUGCCAUAUAGAUUUUGGACAGUUUUAUUUUGCAUUAAAAUAAAGCUUUGAGAAGAAA